CAGUUAGUAAAAAGAGGGUUUGUUCAUAUGUACAUAUGGACCAUUCACAAGUAGUAGAAACCUAAUUGAAUACAUUCAAAAGUGGAAAUGUCCAGUGUAGCUGCUUUACAGCUGUUUUCUUACAGUGUAAUUAAUGUUUGUUAUAAAUCCGCGUGUUACAGAUGUAAAUUUGAGUUUUUCCUCAAUAAAUAAUCACAAUCAACAGUGAUGUUAAAAUAUCCCCCGACUCUGUCGAACAUCUGCAUUGGUCUCUCCCUCCUCCAGAUGUUGGGGCUUAUCUCUUGUCAGCUGAUUCGCACUGACACACAGCUAGCAUCCAGGAUGACAGUUCUGUUACUGCCUGUGGACAAUGUUUAAAAUGAAGUAAAAUUGUCAGUGAUACACGGUUCAAACAAACGCGAACCUCGAUCAAUCACAGUCUCACGGCGUUUCAUUUUCUACGACAUCGAGCAUUUGAUUCUGCGUGAAAGCAGCAGAGCCUUGUCCCCUGCUUUUCUCCUCUUCUCCUCACUGGAGCCACUUAAAAGCCCUUUUCCAAUAGCAGUGCCAGAAAAGGACGCUGCUGAGAAAGCCACAGUGUCGCACUGGAUUCAAUGAGGGAACCAGACCAGGAGGAGCAGUCCGAAGCCAACAUGCCCCCCAAAUUUAAGCGACACCUCAAUGAUGACGAGGUCACAGGAUCGAUUCGUAGUGAGAGAAGGAACCUGUUGGAAGAAGACUCAGAUGAAGAGGAAGAUUUCUUUUUGCGAGGACCAACAGGGCCGAGGUUUGGAGCACAAAAUGACAAAAUCAAGCAGGUGCAGUCGCAGGUUGAUGAGGUCAUCGAUGUGAUGCAGGAGAACAUCUCCAAAGUGAUAGAGAGGGGCGAACGUCUCGAUGACCUGCAGGACAAGUCAGAGAGUUUAUCGGACAACGCAUCUGCCUUCAGUAGCCGUGCCAAACAGCUGCACCGGAGGAUGUGGUGGAGAGACAUGAAGAUGAAGAUGAUCAUUGCCUUGGUUGUAGUUGCUCUCCUGCUCAUUAUCAUCAUACCAGUCAUCCUGCGAUAUCGUUAGACUCUGAAGAGGAAGAAGAUCAGGAGGAGGAGGAGGAUGGACACCACUACUCUUCUUCCUUUUUCUACCCACAGUCCUCCACUCCUGCUAGGGGUCGCCAGCCAACCUUCCACUUCACUUUAAGCCUUUAUUCCGUCAAGGCUCUGGCUUCACAUUAUCCUUAGAGCAGAUCUUACUGUAGUAUUUACUACUUUAAACUGCUGUGAGAUCAGUUCUAAGGUUCUGUUAGAUGAUGGGGGAACACAACACGGAACCAUUUGGGAAAUAUUUGAGUGCAUUUGGAGAGAACACGAAAACGCUAAGCCAUCCAGUCAGAGCGGAGGAUUUAAUUUCAUGAUACAUAUCACAUGUUAGGCCCUGGGUUUGUUUUUAUUACGGGGGGGUGUAGUCAGGGGGUUGGGGGUGGGAGGGGGUCUGCAGAUUACAUCAUAAAGACAAAUACUGUAAAGACAGGCCGAUCAUGCCGACAGUGCAUUUUGAGUUUAGCUGGUCUGACUCUGCUGCAGCAGCCUCAUCAAAAGACGCUGUGAACAAAUCCAUAGAUCAAACCCCACAUGUCGACCCCCGAACCUCCCACCACCCCCACCUCACCUCUGAAACACAGAUGGAACGUUUUGUGAGCAGAAGCACAGAAGCACACUUUGCCGUCAGGAAAUAGUCAGGAACGCCCGGGGUCGGUCUGUGCAGACGACCGUAGCUUCUAUCAAUCAUUAGAAAUAUCUGGUCGAUGAUAAAACUCUUACUUUAUCAAAAUUCUUCUCCAAUUCUUUUCUGAUAAGUGACGAAUGGAAACACCAUUUGUUCCGACAGCAUCCUGCGUUCUGACAACGUGAUCGACUCGUAAUAAAUUUCUCAUUUCGCUCUUCCUGCUGGAGAUUUGUUGUACUGCACAUCAGGACCCAUUCAAGCCAAAACCUCAUGAUGAAUGUUCCUCCUCAGUCUAUUCUCAGUCUCCUCAGUGGCCCUGAGCUCUGGGCCAUACCUGUCUCAGUUCCCUUUUUUUUUUACAUCCACAUGCAUUUUUCACAAUACAGAGGCUUUCAUUUAGCUUUUUCACUCACUCCCCUCAUUCUUACCACACUUUUGUUACUCGGUCUGGUGCUUGUCUUGAAUGCUGGUAUUUCCAUUUUUUUUAUCUGACUGUAUUUUCAGACCAAUUUUAAAAACGGAUAGUUUAAGGGAUGCAAGAAAAAACUGUAAAAAAAAAAAAAAUUAAACUGUGAAACAUGGGCGUCAUUGUGUCUGGAGGAGUCGAGUGUCUGACAGGCUUCACCUCUGCAUUGUUGUCAUUUUAUUUUGUUUAUGUAAUUUAUUUCAGCUGUAAAUAUUAAUUCAGUAAAGAUGUACAAUAUCCUGGCCUUGCAUUGAAAAGUCGAUAUAUUGAUCAUUUUUUGCUCCGAAAUAAAGGUGAUUUUAAAGUGCC